CAGAAACAGUUUGUUUCAGGUUUUGCGUUUUGCGUUCGGAGUUACUUACUCUGCUUAUCACCGCCGGCGAUGGAGUUGCCGGAGUGCCCAGUGUGCCUUCAAUCCUUCGACGAUCGCGACGCAGUUCCUCGUGUUCUACCGUGUGGACACUCCGUUUGCGAAGCUUGCCUUGCGGAGUUUCCACAGCGGUACCCGAACACUAUUCGGUGCCCCGCGUGCACACAACUCGUGAAGUACCCUUCACAACAAGGUCCUUCAUCUCUUCCCAAAAACAUCGACCUCCUCCGGCUCUGCCUCCAACACUCCCCUUCUUCUCAGAAACCGAAUCAACGGUCCACGAUCAACGCUUGUUACGAUCACGCUCCGUUCUGGUCCCCUGAGUUCUAUGCUGCAUGGAAGGAUUGGAUUCUCCCGCACGACGCCGUUUCAGUCGAUGAUAAGGGUUUUGGUCUGUUCGGUUCUUCGCCCAAGGGUAGGGUUUGCUUUGGAGUUAACCGCAGCGUGAGUCUUGUUCCUAUUGUUUGUUUCCCUCCAGGGGAUCAUUCCAAGUUUAGGUUUAGUUACGUUGCGCGGGUGAUUAAGUGUUUGGAGGGGAUGAACGAGGUGGCGAGGGAGGAGUUGGCGUUGAUUCUCGAAGCUUCCGUGAGGCAGGGGAGGAUGUGUAGGGUUUAUGGGUUGUGGAGUGAGGGGGUGGAGGGGCCUCUGUAUAUGGUGUGUGAGAGGCAAUGUGGUAAUCUUUUGGACAAGUUUGGGGAAUUGGGAAAUGGGUUUGUUGGUGGGAAUGAGGGUGGUUUGAAGUUGGAUGCUGGUGGGGUUUUCAGUUUUUUAAUGAUUGGGAAGGGUCUAUGUGAAGCUUUGCUUGCUUUGCACUUGGAAGGUUUGGUUGCUGGCUGUUUGGGGCUUUCUUGUUUCUCUUUUGAUGAGCUUGGUGGCAUUUGUGUUGAUUUGAAUGAGGCUUUGGUGAUGAGAAAGAAGUUUGUGAAUGCUGUUUCCCGCAUACAUGAAGAAGAAGCAGUGUGGGAGGAUUGCUUGGAGAAUGAGUUUUUCGUAAGUCCGGAGGUUUUGUAUGAGUUGUUGCACAAGAGGGUUGCUACUUUGGAUAGUGGGCAUUCAAGAGUUCCAAUUGGGUAUGGCUCGGAUGUAUGGUCAUUGGCUUGUGUACUGCUGCGGCUUCUUAUUGGAAAUGCACUGCCUCGGAAUACCUUGGAAAUGAAUGGAGAGAAUGGCAGUGAUAUCUCAGCUAGUUACAUGUGCUGGGUGGAGAAAGUUAGUUCUGUUUUGGAAGACAAACUAGGCUCUGAGUAUCUGUCACUGAGGCAGACUCUUUGCAAAUGUCUGGACGUCAAUCCAGGAAACCGUCCAGAUGUGGUGGAUGUGAGGAAGUGCAUUCAGGAAAUGUUAGUGAAACCUCAAUUUGAUAUUUUGGGCAACUUGGAGGUCACGAUAAGUGGGAACAGCUCAGGUCACUGCUUGGUUUUAGGGGAGUUGUGUUUGUUGCCUAAGGAAAGGUCUAAUGAACUGAGUGAACAUGAGUUGAAGGAGAAAGAAAUUGGCAGCCAACCAAAUUUUGUUCAAGAUGUCAAAGACAAAUCUGAUGAAGACUUUGCUGCUGGCUUAUCUAAGGGAAUGACUGAACUCAAAGAUCUGCGAGGCCAUCUUGAUUGUAUCAGUGGAUUGGCUGUUGGGGGAGGGUACCUACUUAGCUCCUCAUUUGAUAAAACUGUUCAUGUAUGGUCAUUGCAGGACUUUUCUCAUUUACACACAUUUAGAGGUCAUGAGAAUAAAGUCAUGGCUCUAGUUUAUGUAGAUGAAGAAGAACCAUUGUGCAUAAGUGGUGACAGUGGAGGGGGCAUGUUUAUCUGGGGAAUGGCUGCCCCUCUUAGGCAAGAUCCCUUGAGAAAAUGGUAUGAGAAGAAGGAUUGGCGUUUUAGUGGUAUCCAUUCCUUGGCAGUUUCCAGAAAUCAUUCUCUCUACACUGGAAGUGGAGAUAGAACAAUAAAAGCAUGGUCAUAUAAGGAUGAAACUUUGAUAUGCACAAUGACUGGACAUAGAUCUGUAGUUUCCACACUUGCUGUAUGUGAUGAGGUUCUUUACAGUGGUAGUUGGGAUGGUACAAUUCGGUUGUGGAGUCUUAAUGACCACAGUCCAUUGACAGUUCUGGGGGAAGAUACGCCUGCAGAGAUGAAGCCUAUCCUGGCUAUUACUGUAGAUAGGCAUUUGCUUGUUGCGGCAUAUGAGAAUGGAUGCAUUAAGGUCUGGAGAAACGAUGUGUUCAUGAAUUCCAAAACAUUGCACAAUGGGGCCAUCUUUGCUAUGAGUAUGCAUGGAAAAUGCCUAUAUACAGGAGGUCGGGACAAAAAUGUUAAUAUACAGGAAUUAUCUGGAGAUGAGUUUGAACUGGACGUCAAAGCAUAUGGAUCCAUUCCUUGCAGUUCUGUUGUAACAGCCAUAUUAUGCAACCAAGGAAAACUGUACGUUGGAUAUGCUGACAAGUCUAUCAAGGUUUAUCUGUAAAUAGUAAGAGUUUAUAAGGUGAAUCUGUUCAACUCAUGGUUUGAUCGCUCAAGUUUCAGCCAAAUAGUUUGAUUUUUCUCAAAUUAUGCAUUAUCCUUGUGAUACUCGGUUUUGGAGUGCUCGUUAAUUCACAUUUUCCACCCAGAUGUAGAUAAUAUGAUCCAAGUGAUACUUAAAAUUAUGUACAUAUUCAAAACUAAUUAUUUUUAGGGCUUGAUUCUUGGGGUUGGAUUAUUACCUGAAACUAUUGCCAUGUAUACUUUAUAUAAUAACAUAACAUAGUAAAUUUGUUCAGGUUCA